CCCACGCGCCAUUAAUAAUUGAUUGGUCCCUCUCACGCAAUACAUCGGAUUUGAAAAGUGCAAAAGGUCGAUGUUGUAUGAGUGGACAAAGAUUGUGGUUUUAGUCCCAUGUAUGGACGAGAAGCGCACCCGUUAGGAGUACAAAGCAAGUUGAUUUAACCCACAGCACCAAGGCCAAGGGUACAUGCAACAUCAUGAAACAAGUACACCACGAAGGCUUCGUGUAAAUACUUUGGAUUUGACGUAAUUCCAACAAGAAGUGGUGGUGUCUUUUGAAGCGGAGAUCAAGUUCUGACGUCAUGGUAAUUUUUAAGAGUUUUGUGUUGUCCUUGAUGGUAAUCACCAUCGAUGUCAUAAUUGUUACCAAUGGGGCCGAUAUCCUUGUAGCUCUGUUCAUGCCAGCGGCUUCUAGCCACACCAAAAGCAUGUCCGCCAUCGCAGGAGCGCUGACCAGACGCGGCCACAACGUGACAGUCCUCACCAGCUCAUUCGCAGAAACAAAAGGUUUUCAGAGGAACACCUACACCAGUGCCGUUCAUUACAAGUUCAACGAUGUCCCACAGGCCCUGGCCACUGAAAAAGUAAUACUGAAGCUCGCAUUUGAGACAAGCGUAAUUGAUAAACUGACGGCACUCGGGAAAGCGUUUUCCUUAAUGAGAAGCAGCUGUGAGAGCUUUUUUGAGGACUAUGAAAUGCUCGCUCUGCUUAAAAAAUCGAGGUUUGAUAUUAUCAUCGGUGACUCGUUUGAUGCUUGUGACGCUUUGCUCAGUAAUUUUCUUGGGGUACCAAACAUUGCAGUGACGACCUCGGCAAGGUAUCCAUUCUUUAAUGAACACCUGUAUGGAAUUCCAUCCCCGUCUUCGUACGUUCCUUUUGGCCUCUUCCCCCUAUCAGACAGAAUGUCCUUUUUCGAGAGAAUUUCUAGCUUCCUCGAACAUCAUGUUGCUAUUAAUCUCAUGGGGAUGAUUCAUUUCAGGGCUUUAAACAAGGUUAAAGACAAGCAUGGUAUCGCUCCAGGUCGAAGCAUCCCAGAUCUUAUAGGUGGAGCAGAGUUGUGGAUGAGCAUGUCGCACUUAGCCUUUGACUACCCUCACCCCACCGCUCCUAAUUGGGUGGCUAUCGGAAGUAUUGCCGAUGCUCCAGCGAAGCCAUUGGAAAAGGAAUUCAAAGCGUUUGUUGAUGGAUCGGGUGAACAUGGCUUCAUCGUAUUCUCACUGGGUACAUACUUUACAGAGCUUCCUAAGGAAGAAAUGGCAGAGGCCUUUGCGAGAGUCUUCAGUGAGCUUCCACAGAGAGUCAUCUGGCGGUAUACUGGGCCACAUCCUCGUCACCUUGGUAACAACACCAUGAUUGUCGACUCCUGGUUGCCACAAAGUGACCUUGUUGGUCACCCGAAAGCCCGACUUCUGAUCUAUCAUGGAGGACUUGCAGGAGUCAUGGAAGCCAUUUACCAUGCCGUUCCCAUGGUGAUAAUGCCGAUUUUUGGCGAGCAGGAAUCAAACGCCCUCAGAGUCGAGGUCAGGGGAAUGGGAAAACGGCUUCAGAAGGACUCUCUAUCGUACGAGAUAAUUAAGGCGGCGGUGACUGAAGUGAUGGACAAUCCAAGUUACUCAGAAAAUAUCCGAAGGUCUUCGAGACUUUAUGCAGACAGGCAGACUGAAACAGAUGAAACCGUUGUCUUCUGGGUGGAACACAUCCUCAAAUUUGGAGGGUCACACUUGAGAUCUAGAGCCUUGGAACUCAGCUUCAUCCAGCUUCAUUCGAUCGACGUUCUCGCUUUCAUCGUUGGGAUCGCACUCGUCAUCGUUUUACUUAUGUAUGCUUGUUGUAAACGAUGUUUAUCUUGCUGCUCGAAAAAAAGGAAAUCAAAAGUAGAAUAAAUGUGUAGGUGUUAUCUUUUUCUAUAUGCCCGUAUGUGACAGACUUUAAACGGACGAAAUACUUCAGCUGGCAGUAUUGCAGAAAAUAUUGUAGCGGGUUAGCAAAAAUGGUCUUUUCCCUAAUUUUAGCACUGUAAACAAAACAUAAUGGUCUGUGGACGGGACUACUAUAUUUCACAGUUUCACGGAAGACACAGUUGGUGAUUUAAUCUUUCAAACAGUGGUAACAUCACUCAUGUAAAUCCUAACCAAUGCCCUAGAAGACAAUAAUUAUUCUGCUAGUUUCCUCAGUAAAUUACCUUUAAAAUAGAAAUCAUUUAUAAUUGGGAUACAUCCAUACUAAUUAUUUUCUGAGUGUUAAUUCAUGAAAACGUACAUGUAUUAUGUAGUAAGAUUCGAAAGUUGACUUUGUAUGAAUAUUCAUACCCGCGUAAGUUUAAUAACCAAUCAGCAUGUUUUAUAUGCUUCACGUAAUUAGACUACGCAGCCCCUGAGGGUAUAAAUGGGAGUGUCGAGCUGUCAAUCUUACUCAGUUUCCACUCUCAUUGGAUUACCGAUUUGACACCACGCCUCCGCAUUGUUAUCUACCCAGUUGUCUCAAAUUUAUAAGGUGAAUUACCACAGACUUCAGUAAAAACAUGAAGUUUGGGAUAGAGAGGCUUUGGCCAUUUGUCACGUGAUGUCACCAGUGCCUUAAAAUAUGAGGCAUUCUUUAGAUUAAGAUUAAGAUUAAGAUUUACAAUGUAGGUUAAAUUUAACUCUUAGUUUAUUUAUAGUGACACGACAAUUUAAACUUGUUUAAUAUUUUAUACCUGUACAUACAUGUAGAUACCUAGUUAAUGUAUCUGUAUAUAGAGGACAACGGCAGUCAGUCCUUUACCUAAUUUAGCAAUGCCUUUGCUCCUAUAUGUAAAUAUAAUUUAAGUAGUUGAUCUAAAAACAAUGUUGUGAAUCACAAACUCUCUCUCCCCUCUCUUUCUCUCUUGACACUCAGGAUUUGUACAGUUAGAAACCUUGAAUAAAUGAUUACUUAAGAGUUUAUUACAGCUAAUAACAAUGUGUGACAAUUAUCGAUAGUGGACAGUCAAAUGUAGGUUUAGCACUGAAUUACAGACACCAAGGAACGAAUUCUUAGAUAAACCGGUUGUCUUUGGAUUGAAGUGCGUUUAAAACUGAUUAAAUAAUUCUGGAAGUUAGCGAUAAGUAUAGGAAUUGAGAAUUCGUAGAUCUCAUCGUAGAGACCUUGGUAUUAAAAUUCACAUGGGUAGCCGACAAAGUGAGCUAGCAUUUUAGACUAUGGGUGGAUAGACCCUUUAGUAAAAGAACCGUUGAGCAAUGACUACGAAGGUAUAGGUUAUGCUGUUGACAAUAAGAAGAUAGGCAUUUGAAUAUUUGGACUCAAACUUUGAAUGGAGUGAUUAUUGGAUGGCUGCUGGUCAGCCUGGAUUGAUCGUAAGUUGAAGAGGCUAUGUGGUGUUUUGCCCGGAAUAGAAUCAAUUUCUUAUGUUUUUCGUAGAAAAGAAAUGGUACAAUUUGGAGUAGAAUUCAGUUGCUAGAGAUCUAAUAUUGUUACAUCUUAAACCUGUCCCUAGAACUGUUUACAUAAUACAGCAUACAAUCCAUACUUAAGCUAGCAUCACUUAGGUAAAUUAUUUGUUGUUGGGAAAAAGUGACACUGCAUCUGUCUGUAAUGUACAUUUAAACUCUUGUACUAUUUGCAUUGUAUACAUACUUGAAUGUAAUAACGUUGACAUGAAUUAGGCACGAAAGCCUCACUGUUAGUUGAAAUCUAUUAAUAAAGUGUUACUUGUUGUUAUUUGUUCACCUGAA